CAGCAGCCAUUUUGUCUGUUCGGGCAAGUCUACCCUGACGGUAACGAACUGCAGUUCCACCCUAGAAAACAAAUUGAAAUGUUGUUGUGAUUUUUCUGUUUUAUGUUACCCUCUAUUUAUACGACGCAUAAAAUUUCUGUCUCAAUUAUACGAGUCCGAAGAGGGCCCUCCUCUGAAAAUUGGCGUGAGAACCGCGGUUCAGCUGAGACAUGUCGUGUGAAGAAAGCUACUUGGCCAUCAUACGUUAUCUGACUGAUGAAAGGGAGCCAUAUGCGCCGGGGACGCCCGGCAACACCAAGAGAAAAAUACGCAAAGCAGCUAUUUGUUAUGUUGUGCGGAACGGGACUUUGUUUUAUCAGCGUCGCCUGAAGGGUCUGAAUGAUUUUACUGAGCUGGAGGUGAUCCUGCAGGACGGCCGCAGGAAGGAACUUAUCAACCAGGCGCACAUUACCGAAGGAGGGGAGCACCUGAACCAGCAACUCACCUGGGAGACCAUCUCACAGAAGUACUGGUGGAGAGGUAUCCUGAAGCAUGUCAAAGACCACAUCAGAGAGUGUGGACCGUGUCAGAGCAGGCGGGGUUCUGAUGACGGUUCUGGAUCUCGACUGUUGGGCCGACCAGGGAGACGCAGGACUGCUAACAUGAAUGAUGACGAUUAUGAGGAAGAGGAGGAAGAGGGAGACGAUGGUUUAUUCUUCAGUGAUGCAUUCUCCAGAUCAAAAUUUGCCAAAACAGCAGCCAAGCACGAGGUUGUCUUUGUGGACAGCAAAGGAGAGGUGAAUCAGUUCCUGCCCAAACACAGCCAAACCAUUUUGGACAAACUGAACCAGCAGCGUCUCAGUAAUCAGUUCUGUGACAUCACGCUGCUGAUCGAAGGAGAGGAGUACCGUGCACAUAAAGCUGUUCUGGCGGCAUGCAGUGAAUACUUCAAGGAGCUGUUCUUUGAGAAAGGCGCCGUGUCCACACAUGAGGCUGUGGUCGACCUCUCUGGUUUUACCAAAGCCAGCUUCAUGCCGCUGCUGGAUUUUGCGUACACCUCCAGGCUUACCUUUAAUUUCUGUAUAAUGGCUGAUAUCGCCAACCUGGCCCGGCAUCUGCUGAUGACAGAGGUCCUUCACCUCUGUGAGUCUGUGCAUAAACAGGUGGAGGAGCAGAAGCUGACGGUGUACCAAAGGGGAGACGUGCACACAGUGGUGUCGAGCCAACCGGUUGUUCAGGACGGCUCAAAAGAGGACUCUGGUACGUACAUGGUGACUAUAGAGAGCGACGGCAGAGCGGUGGUCACACAGGGCGCCGUGGCUGUGACUGGUGAACAGCUGGCAUUUGUGUCGCCUCCGGACAUGGAGCAGCCAAUGGCUGUCGUUGCCCAGACCGUGGAGGAUGGUGGACAGGUUGAAGAGGCCCGACCAAGUGAAACUGUGACACUGAUCACUCACGGCGGUCAGACUGAACCAGGAGAGACAGUGACUCUGAUCUCACGCAGUACAGAAGGACUGGAGGAGGAGACCAUGACGGUGGUCACCCACAGUGGACAGGCCGGGGCCAGCGAGUCCCUCGCUGUGGUGUCGGCCUGCCUGGCAAUGGAGCAGCCGCAGGUCACUGAGGUCACCGAGGCCUUUGUGAUCAGUGUGGAUCCGGACAAAGUGAGUCCUCCAGAGGUCGUCAAAGGGGACUCUAAUGUAGCAGCGUCCAGUGAGGAUGACAAUGCACAGCGACAGAAGGAAGAGUCAGCAGCCGCCCAGUCCACACCCACACCCCAGAAACGGAAAAGAGGGCGUCCGGCCAAGGUGAAGAAGGAGGUGGUGGAGGAGUUCAUGCCAUUGGAGGAAGACCCCUCUGUAGAUGAAGGCCAUGUGGACAGCCUGGAAAUGACAUCAGAUGAUCCCUCUAAAAGACGACUGCGGCAGCGCUCCAUCGCUGAAGGAGGUUAUGCUCGCCUGCACAUGGGGCUGGAAGACGAAGAGGAGGCGAAGAAAGGCUUGAUCCCUCCACGGGCGAUCACCCCCAAGGUACAUAAGAGGGGCCGACCACCAAAGCAGCUUAUGGAGAAUCCUGGAGAAGGAUCGUCUAUAUCUGAGUCUGUGGCCGAUCCAGAGGCCAUCAUAAUGGAGACUGUGAUAGUUGGAGAACCCGGUCCAGAGGAGGCUGGGACCACUGUAGCAGGACCUGAAUCUGGUCCCAAAGCAGAGCGGACUGCUGUGGAUGGAGAGCACACCUGCUCUGAGUGCGGCAUGUCCUUCCCGAGGCGUUACUCUCUCAUCAUGCACACGUUGAAACAUGAGAAGGCUCGUGGAUACAAAUGCCAUCUGUGUAGUAAAGAGUUUCAGUACGCCGCCUCUCUGCGCGCCCAUCUGGCCCGACACAAACAGCAGAGCAGCCAACGCGCCCCCCUCGCCAAACCUUCAUCGGACCAGAGCGCUGACAGUAAAGGGGACAGCGAUAUGGACGAAAAGACUCUGUCACCACUCACCAAAAGAGAAUUUGUGUGCGACAUAUGCGGCAAGACUUUACCAAAGCUCUACUCCCUACGUAUUCACAUGCUGAACCACACCGGCGUCCGACCACACUCCUGCAAAGUCUGUGGCAAAACGUUUGCACAUAAACACAGUCUGAAGAUGCACCGAGCGCUGCACGACGUCACAAAGCAGUUCCAAUGUGAAUACUGCAAGAAGACCUUUGUGAGCAAGAGGAGCAUGGAGGAGCACACGAGCCUUCACACAGGUGAGUCCAAGUAUCUUUGUAACACAUGUGGAGCUACGUUUCACCGAGCCUCUGCUUUAAGCAAACACCUGAAGAAGCACCAGCCCAAACCUGACGUCCGCCCGUUUCCCUGUGCACACUGUGAUAAGAGGUUCUACGAAGCCAAAGAUCUGCAGCAGCACAUGAACAAGCACAUGGGCCUGAAGCCGUUCCAGUGUCAGGUGUGUGGGAAGUGUUACAGCUGGAAGAAAGACUGGUACUCCCACGUCAAGUCGCACAGCGUGGCCGAGCCUUACAAGUGCAACGUGUGUGGGAAGGAGUUCUUCGAGAAGGCGCUGUUCAGGAGACACGUCAAGAAGGCCACGCACGGGAAGAAAGGCCGAGUCAAGCAGAACCUGGAGAGAGAGUGUGAGCAGUGUGGGAGGAAGUUCACUCAGCUGAGGGAGUACAGACGCCAUGUCAACAACCACCAGGGAGUGAAGCCGUUCGAGUGUCUGACGUGCGGCGUGGCCUGGGCCGACGCCCGAUCCCUGAAGCGUCACGUGCGAACCCACACGGGGGAGCGUCCGUACGUGUGCCCGAUGUGUCAGGAGGCGCACAUUGACGCCCGCACGCUACGCAAACACAUGGCCAAGUACCACGUGGACAACCUGCCCGGGAAGAUCAUGCUGGAGAAGGACACGCUGCAGUUCCACAACCAGGGCACGCAGGUGGAGCACGCCGUCAGCAUCCUGGCCUCAGACCUGCCCCCUGAGCUGAGACCGCCCCAGCAGCCGCCCUCAGAGGAGAUCGAGACGGUGCUGAUCACCGAGGAGACGGUGGAGGCCAUGCAGGCGGUGGAGGCGGUGGAGGCGGUGCAGGCCGUCCAGGGGGUGAGCGACGGCUCCGUGUCCACGCUGUCGGACCAGGGCAUCAUGCAGGUCGUGAACUACGUCCUGGCCCAGCAAGCUCUGACGGGCACCAAACUGGAGGAAGCCCCCGAGGUGAUCCAGACCAUGGAGGUGGAGGUCGCUCAUGUGGCGGAGGUCGAGUAGCAGCGGUCACGAGGGCAGUCUGUAGAAAAUGUAACGCAAUGUAAAAAGACCAAUAUUUUUCUGUAUUUGUACAUAAUGUGAGUCUCUAAGACCAGAACUGUGUGUGCUUUUCUUUUUGUUUUGAAAACAUACAGUCACAUGUAAAUAGUUAUACAGAAACAAAACAAAUGUAUAAAAUCUGACACUCAGGAUAAAUAAAGAGAGGACUUAAAACAACACUU